GUCUGCAAAAUACAGAUGGAAGAUUGACAUUUUACGGUACCAAAAUUAGUCCAAGAUGAGUUAUUCAAAUUGUUCUGAUUAAGAGCCAAGACAUGUUUGCCACAAACGAAGUGCAUAAUAUUUUCAUUCUCACGUUCCCACCAGAUUAAUCCGAAGUGCAUAGAGCUUGGAACAGAAAAACAUCAAAAGAUCUACAAUGUUAGAAUGCGAGCAAAUUAAAAAUUCCUCUUUCAAGUAUUUAGUUCUCUGCCUUUGGGGAAAAAAUAUUUGAAAGGACUGGAACAACGAGUGAAAUUGGGAGAUAAACAUGUGAUAAAGCAAGUGCCAGUGAACGGAUGGAAUUGCAAAUAUGUUGACCUUUUCUGUCCAUCGAUGAAUAAGAAUUGGUUGUCAAGGCUCACCAGCAGACCAACACUCAUGGAACGUCUGUGAUAUAAAACUCAUGGAACGUGUGUAAUAUCUGAAGAUUCGAGGCAAGCCGUUCGUUUUGUUUCAUUCCAUAGAUAGAGUGCACGGUAACGUGAAGGUGUCAGUUCUUGACCUUGAGGUUGGACAAACUUAUUCUUAUUCACUUGGCACAGAGCACAGAGAGUCUUUCCAUUGAAAGUUUUCUCAUUUUGUCUUUGUUCUUCUUUACAUGUUCAAGUUACCGCUGGGUGGAGCCCCCGAAAAGAAAGGUUUGUCUUUCACCAGAUCAGCCAUGGAGGAUUUCAGUGAAGCCUCCAAAGCUCCUCGAUCAACCUCGCCCAAGAGUUCUGGCGACGGUGGAGGCAGCAGUGGAGGACACGUCUCGCCUCAUUCCCCUCACACGAGCAGUUUGUGCCAUGGUUCUAGUGGGCGGAUCCCGUCCCUCGUGGAUGCACGACGAUCACAGGCCUUUCAAAAUUUGCAAGACCCAAGUAAGCAGCGGAGCAUGUCCGUGGUCACCAAUCCCAAGUAUGACGUCAUCGAACGCAUUGAGCGGGGCAAACGAAGCUCCUCCGGAUUCAUGCGCAGCAAUUCCCUACAGACCCCGUCCGGCUACGGCACGGCUAAUCGACCGGCAAUCCCCACGGGUAACAUGCUCACCGAAUCCCUAAUGGCCGCGGCAGCCGAGCGGAAACGGAAGAAAUCUGUGGCGGCCUCCAUUCGGAACAUCGUGAAGGCCGAGGAACGCAAGUUCGACUUGCCCUUCUAUACAAUGGCCAUCGUGUUGGUGGUUGUGAUUAGUUUGCUCAUCGUGAUGACUGUGCUGUGGGUGAAUGCUGUGAGGGUUUGCCAGUAUGCACGCUGGAUUACCCAGAUCAAUGGGACACACACUAAUCAGACCAGGUUUCCACUGGUGGAGGAUAAGUCCUGAAUGGAUGGUUGUGCACAAAAAGGGAAAGCCAUUGUUUGCCAAUGCUUCAUAGAAAAUAAAUGUAUUGUAUAGGACAGGGGGAUUACUAAGCACCCGAAAUGAGGCUAAAUUUUCUCGGGGAAGAAUCCUCUCGUUGCGUUAUGUACAUUUACCAUUGCCUAAGUAGAAGAACACGCAUGCUUAUGAGGGAGAUUCAGGCAAAGUAGGUUUGUCAACCACAUUUCCAUGUACAUGCUGCUCUUCAUAUUAUAAGUAUUGAGUAUCUUAAGUGAAUGGAAGGAUCCAUGUACCACAAUCAUACAUUCAUUGUCAUGUGGGCCUUGUUUUCCAUUGUUCCAAAUCUUAUUGCCAGUAAUAUUUAUUUAUUGUUUAUUUUCAUUGUCCUUACCACUCAAAUCACCCAGGGGAGGUAGAAAGAAAUUUGAUUUUAUGACAGAUGCCAAAUAUACUGUAUCUAGUGUUGCCAUGUAAGUGAAGCUCCCCCAAUUUGGUACUUCUCGAAUUAUAAAGUACUAUCGCCAUUUCUUCCCUACAUCGAUAAGACAGCACACUUCCGUGAUUUCAUCUAAUGCACCUCAAUACAAAAACUCUGCCUCGAGAAUGCCCUUUUUGGCGAUAAUAUGCAAUAAUAUGUGUAAUGUUAAGGUUCCCGGCUUCCCAGCCCCUUUUAGCAAAAGCUAUUGUAAAAUAUUGGACAUGAACUUCGCUUCUUUUUUCAAUAGGAUGCUUCGCAAUCAGUGGAGGCCUCACUACGAGUUUCAGUUAGUGGUUUUUAUGGCCAGAUAAUAGAUUACUGUCUGGCAGUCCAAUAAGACCCACAAUAAACCACUUUGUCUCCUGAGAUGAGAGGGGUUCCAAUCGAGAUGGAACAAUGGAUUGUCGUAGAGAGCCUUCCACAGCUCUAGGUGGAUCAUUGAAGCUAAAGAAUCUCUCUGAAACAGCCUUGAAGACUCAAUACGCACCAUCGUUUCCCAAAUCAAUCUCUGUCACGCUUUGGAAGUGAAAAAUACCGCCAUCAUGCUCAUCAUCUCGACCGACGAGUCCAUAAAAUCGAAUUAGUUUCCGUUCAGACAUGUCUCCUUGGUGCUUUCGGGUUUUAAAGGCUCUCUCCGAUCUCCAAUAGGAAGAUUAAAGACACUUGAUUCAUUCAUCCGUUCCAUUUGGGAAAUUGGGAUUAAUAGUUUCAAGCUCCAGUCUGUCUCAUUACGUUCUUUUCCGGUGGCUUAUUGUAUCCCUGUCUGUAUUCUUCGUAUCGCAAUUUGAUUGACAGACUUGAAUCUAUUUUGGACUGAAUUGUAAUUUGACAUUUAUUGACUGAAAAUUUAGAGCCACUCAAGCUUCGGAACGACGUCAUUGGUACGUAGUUGAGCUUAUGAGUUAAAAUAUGAUUACUCACCAAGGAAACCCGGAAUUGGGUUCCACAGCUUCUUCCCGGAUGCUUGGUUUUAAUUAUGGUGAAGACGGAUGGUGGUCUCGAGAAAUUCCUGCCUCAGCUCUUCAUCAAGAGACAAAAGCAAAACUUAAAGGGAAGCUGGCAAUCUGAUACUGGAGCAAAUAACUUUGAUGAGGGAGUUGUUCUCUUCCCGAGAAUUGGGAAAGUUCCAAAGGUACAUGAAAAUCAAAGAUAGACUCUCUCAGGAUAUUUGGGGCCAGUUUUGUACGUAAUCCAUGCCAAUCAAGAGGAAUAGAGGAAGUAUUCCUGAACAUUUCUACUUUCAAUGGUCCUUAUCUGUUAGAUCAGGUGAAUGGUGACUGGAAUGAAAAUCUGUGAAAGGGAAGGAAGUUAACUGAAAUGUCAAUUGCUUUCAGUCAUUCAUUAUAUCCAAGCAUGUUCCAGCACCAUUUUGAAAAGACUUGGUUGGGGAAAAGCUUGAGGAGAGCAGAAAAGUAAAAAGUACACACAUACAUAGGGUACAUAACGUUUUGUACGUAGUGCAAGAAGGUCAUUGGUGGACAAAGUUGCGGAUCAUUUCCCGCAAUAUGGAUUAGUAUCAUCAGGGGCCGAGAAAAUAUUUUUUACCAAAACGUAUCUUUUGUAAUG